CCCGCGAGGCCGCGGGCGCGCGGGGCGGCUUGCAAGCCCAGAGUGCACCGCGGGCACGUGUGCGCGCGCAGCUCCGCUGCUGAGGCCGCGGGAAAAUUCCAAAAAAAGUCAAAACAAAACAAAAAGCCAACACGAGGCCAAGCCAAGUUUUCAAGCCACAGAACCCGGGCGGUGGCUUCCUUUCCGCCACAGCCCAAACUGCUGAAGCAGCUCUGGCGAGGACCACCCGAAAACACUUUUAUUAAAAGAAGAAGAGGAAGAAGCAGCAGCAGCAGCAGCAGCAGCAGCAGCAGCAGCUGCUCCUGGGCUGAGGAUGUGGCUCAGUGGUAGAGUGUUUGCCUAGCAUGCCUGAGGCCCUGGCUCAGUCCUCAGCACCACACCCAAAAGAGAAAAUCUUCUCCCUGACUCCAGCUGUGGAGGCGUUGAGGUGGUGAGUUGAUGCCAUCCCCGCCUGGACUGGUGUGCUGAUGUUAGGAAAGAGACUGGAGAAGGGCAGGGCUGACAGAGUCGUGGCUGGAGUGGAACCUGAUCCCACGUGUGCUCAGUCCCUUCAGUGCUGUCAGGCUGCUGUGGAGCGACGUCCGAUCCCUCUCUCUGACAUGGCCCAGGGGUAUGGAGACCUGGCAUCUGACUGUCAGUUCUGGCUGCAGAAGCUCUCUGGGUGGAACCAGGCCUGCACUCUGGAGACCCAGCAGGACACCUGUCUUCACCUUCCCCGGUUCCAGGAGUUCCUGAGACAGAUAUAUGAAGCCCUGAAAGAGGCGGAUCCUACUGUGAUCAUGGAAAGAUUCCCCACAAUCCGUCAACUGUUAGCAAAAACCUGCCAGAAUCCUUUUAUCUUAGCAUAUGAUGCUGCUCAACACAUUGCUUUGCUCUGGCCCUGGCUGCUGCUGAGUCUGCAUCUCACUGGACGGGUCUGUCACACUUGCUACACGAAGCUGAAGGAGCCUAGCAUCUGCCGAGAUGAAAGCCAGAAAAUUGUAAUAUGGUGCUUAUGUUGUCUGAUUAACAAAGAACCACAGAGUUCUGCAGAAACAAGACUUAACUCCUGGGUUCGGGGUUUGUUAUUGCAUAUACUUUCAGCAUUCAGAUUUGAUGUAAAAGAAGUCGGCCCUUUCACUCAGUGUCUUGGGUACGAGCCUGUGGAUUACUAUCCUGGUUUGCUUAAAAAUAUGGUGGCAUCGUUAGUGUCUGAGCUCAGGGAGGGUCAUCUUAACGGAUGGAACACUCAAAGACGGAUGGCUCCUGAGCGUUUGAUGUCCCUGUCACGCAUCUGUGUCCCUCUUGUUACUCUGCCUGAUUGUCAACCCCUGGUGGAGGCCCUGCUCACCUACCAUGGCCAAGCGCCUCAGGAGGUCCUCUGGCCCGAGCUCUUUGACGCCAUCAACGAGGCCUUUUUGCUGAAGAAGAUCUCUCUCCCCGUGGCGGCUGUCACCAUUCUGUGGCUCCAGCACCUUCCCAGCCUUGAAAGAGCAGUGCUGCAUCUUUUUGAAAAGCUCGUCUCCAGUGAGAGGCAUCGUCUGAGAGAGAUCGAGUGCUUUAUCAAAGAUUUAUCGCUGCCUCAAGCAGCCUGCCACCCGGCUGUGUUCAGAAUUGUCGAUGAGAUGUUCAGGUGUGCACUCCUGGAGACGGAUGGGGCCCCGGAAGUUCUGGCUGCUCUUCAGGUGUUUACACGGUGCUUCCUGGAAGCUCGGGACAAGGAAAACAAGCAGCUGAGGUUCGCGUUCAAGGCCUACUUUCCUCACGCCCCGGCGUCUCUUGCCACCGUGCUGUCGCAACUUCCCGAAGGUCUCCCCCAGGGACGCUGGUUCCAGCGACUGCAGCUCAUCUCCCAGCAGCUCAGAGAGGCCGUGGACGGCCAGCCCCAGGGAUCCCAUGGAGGGCCCCUGCAGAGCUGGUUCCUGCUCGCCCACUUUGGAGGAUGGGCUGACGUGGCCGCCGAGCAGUUACUGAGGUCAGACAUGGACCCGCCUGCAGCCUUGCUGUGGCUCCUGGCCUUCUACCACGGCCCUCAGGAGGGGGCCCAGCAGAGAGCACGGACCAUGGUGCAGGCUGAGGCCGUGCUCCGCGGCCUCCGUGAGCUGUCGGGAAGCGCCCGCCUCUCAGCCAGGGAUCUGCAGGCUUUGGGAGAGAGCAGCCCGGGGGACCCCAGAUCGCCUGCGUGCACCCAGCUCAUCAGGCAGCUCCUCCUCAACUUCCUGCUCUGGGCUCCCAGAGGCCGCACCAUCGCCCGGGAAGCCAUGGCCUUUCUGGCCCCCACCCAUGACGUCACCCGGGAGGUCAUUGGCUUUCUGGACCAGACCUUGUACAGAUGUACCCCGGGGGAGGUGCUCCAAGGUGGGAACAGGGCGGCUACGGCCACCGCCUCGCCCAGCAGCUCCCACGCCACAGGGACCCCAGGCUGCCAGCCACCCGCUCUGCUGCAGCGAGGGAGCAGGUGCAGCCACUGCUGCUGGCGGGCCACCCCCAGCAUGGCAGAGAAUCUGGUCCCCGAGGGUUGUCUGGCCGACCCUCCGUCCUCUUCCUUAGGGACGUCUCAUUCACCGUCCUCUCGCCUCCCAAGCUGGCAGGGCCACGGCCCCCUGGCCCUGCUCACUCUCAGUUCAGACUCGAGUCAGGACGAUGGCCUCCCGUGGCAGCCCGUGCUGCUCGGGGUUUGCUGCGCCCAGCAGCCUCGCUCCGCCUUCCGGGAGACGUGUCCUGGCACAGGAGCUGGGGCCUCGGACCACAGCAAGGAGGCGUCCACGGGUGCAGAUGGCUGUGGAUGGGGCCCAGCUCCCGGGGAGCCCUCUGGCUGA